CCAAAGGAACACAUCAUCCUUCAAAAUUGACCAGUUCCAAAAAGCAAAAACAACUUGACCGAAGCAUAACCUUCAGUGUUUGGUAUUACAAAAGAUCUGGCUGCAUCUUUUUUUUUCUUUCCUGUUUUUAAAGUCACAGGGACUAAAGGAUCCGUUCAGCAAAGCCCAAAGGGGUCUCCUUGGAUCUGGGCAGUCCUGCUCCUUUGCUGAAAAGAUUUACAGAUAGGGCCUAUGACAGUUUUAUAAAGCGGUGAUAUCCCCCAACAUUUUUUUAUGUUAAGAGAAAACAUCAGGGAUCAUGCCCUGACUUAAUGGCUGUGCUUUUUAGUCAUAAUUGCAUGGUGUUUACACAGAAAAGCAGGGGCAAAAUACAUUUCUGGAAGACAACAGAUUUUUAAAACUUUCCAAUGAAAUAAAAUGGGAGGAUUUCAGGAAGAGUUUUGCCCCUUCACACUUUUAGGUGGGACUAGAAUAUUUCAUUUGUAUUCAUAGCAUUGUAACAAUAACAGACUGCAAAUCCUGGCUACACUUGUGGAAAGAUGCACUAAAUUCUCUAAGCCUAAAGCACUAUUUAUUGAAGCCAUAGGUUGGUAUGGGUAUCCAUUACUCUCAGGUAUUCAAAUACUAUCUUUUAGUAACAUUGGAUGCUCUGCCACUACAUAAUAAAUACAUUGCACAUUACCUUUUUGUAGCCAGUCCCUUCAUCUAAAAUGUAAGCACCAUGAGAUUGUAUUACAGCCUCUUGCCAAUACACAACACACAAACACACAUAUAACAGUCAUCUUCUUCCAAUUUCUCCUUAUCUUAUUUAAUGGGUCAGAGUCUGUUGUGUCUGAUAAGUUUGUUUGCUUGUUUGUCUUGUACUUAAGAAAGUGUAUAUUUCUAUCAAGAAGUCAAUUCAGUUUGAGGUCUUUUCUCAGCCUCCUCUCCAUCCUUAGUGCAUGGCAUGGCUGACUUGCCCUUGGAGGUUACUAAUAAGAAAACAAUAGGAAGGAGUCCUGUGCCACCCAAAAGACCUGACCAGUUCAUUAUAGCAUCAGCAUUUGGAAGCUAUAGCCAAUUUAUUCAGAAGCCUGGAGUCUUAUCUAGAUAUCUAGAUAUGCCUACAUGGCUGGGAGUGAAAUGUUAAACAGUGAGCUCAGAGGGAAAAUUGAAAUGCUCAAAGUACUGACUGACAGUUACAUAAUGACUAGUGUCGAUGUUAAUUCUCCUUCUCCCUGCCAGCACUUUGAGCACUUUGCGUAUUUAAUUGCUCUGUCUACAGUCCCAAACCCAAGCAUCUGCACCUGGGAUAGGCACAUCUGAAAGGCAUCUAGCGGAGCUGGUUAUAGUCCAAGAGCAUUAAUGCAACAAUACAUUUGUUAAUCCUUAAGGUGCCACAAUUGGUUUUGUUCCAACAGGCUACUCUUUGGAAGGGAGGGGAGAAGUGGAUCCUCAAAUAGGUAGUUAGAGAGAUCUUGUAGCACCUUUGAGAUUAAUUGAAAGAAAGAAAUGUGUCGUAAGAUAUCUCUACAUAUUGAUUCUACAGACUAACACAACUAUAUCUCUGAUUUCUACCUAUCUGGUAAAUAAACAGUUUAGGAGAGACAUGAUGUGGACAAAAUCUUGAGGUCCCCUUGAUUUCAUUGGGGCCGAUUCCUGUUUUAGUGAAUGUUUUCCAAGAAGUGAAUACUUUUAGUGACUGCUUUCGAAUAAGGGAUAACAGAUAAGAUGGAGCCUCCCUGGGGCAACACAGGGGGAGGCCCCUUCUGGCCCAGUCCUCUGCAGUGGGGUGGCAUCCUCUGAUGAGAUUAGGGUAUUUCUGCCCUGCGGAUGCAGCCUCUGUCUGCUAGGUUUUCUUCUUAUGUUAAGCCUAGAGCCUUCCCGAUCCCGAGGUUUGUUUCCUUCUGCCCAGUUCUCAGCAUCCCGAUGGGAAGGGCAGCCUCGCCCUCAGAGGGAGCCGGCAGGUGGUUCGCCUUCCUCGGUGGCCCCUUUCUAUUUUGGGGAGUUCAAAGCAGGAGCUGGAGAGGUGGCAUCCUUAGGAAUCGCAGGAGCGGGAAGGCAGAGAGAAAGUCAAACCUGGGAGUAGAGGCAGCAGGCAACCGUCUGCUGAAGCCAAGGCUUGGUUAUUCUCCUGCAUGGCCGCUCCAGGAGAUGCUCAGGGCUGGGGCACCAACAAGUAAUACUCCCAAGGGAUGGCUGAAGUGGGUCCUCCUUGGGGCGCUGGCGUUGGACCUGGGGAAGCCGACCAGCUCCACUCGAUGCAUUUCAGAUGUGACCAAGAUGCUUGGUUUUGGGACUGGAGACAGAGCAAUUGCUAAAUACGCCAAGUACUGUCAGGAAGCCUUCAGGUCGCCACUCGUGACUCUGGAGGCCCCUCCGGGGGACCCUGGGCAAGUCCCCCUCUCUCGGCCUCCUCAGGGGAAGGCAAGGCCGGGCGCAAAGCACAAAGCCGCACAAACCUGGCCAAGAACAUCUCCCCUUACGGUCGCCAUCAGUCAGAAAUGACGACUUGAAGGCACACAACAACGACAAAACCGAAGUGAGAGAGCUGUGUGUGUGGUGUGCUGCAGUCAAGACAUCUCCGACUUCUGGCGACUCCUGAGGCGGAGAGCCUGUCCUUUGGGGUUUUCUUGGCCAGAGUUGGUCAGAAGAAGUUGAAGGGGGCGUACUAAAACGAAGCCCCUAGAGACACCCUCCUUGCCCAUAGAGAAUCACGGGGAAUCCUUGAAUACGUCUGCCAGGGAAACCUGCCUGAGGCUGAGAGAGUGUGCCUUGCCCCAGGGCGACCCAGGCUGGCCUCUUGGGAAGCUGCUGGCCGAGCUGGAGCGGGCAUGCCAGCCCCGAGAGGCCCGGCCUGAGCCCGCCUGAGCUGUGCCUCCUCUCCUCCCCCUUCCCCGCUGCCCUGGGCCACAGGUGAUGAAGCUGGGCAACCCGGAGAUCGCCCGCCGCCUGCUGCUGGGAGGCGCCGACCCGGACCUGAAGGACGGCCGGGGCUUCGCCGUGCUGCACGACGCGGCCCGGGCGGGCUUCCUGGACACGCUGCAGACUUUGCUGGAGUUCCAGGCGGACGUCAACGCCGAGGACGGCGAGGGCAACCUGCCGCUGCACCUGGCCGCCCAGGAGGGCCACCUGCCCGUCGUGGCCUUCCUGCUGGAGCGCACCGCCAGCCGCGUCGGCCACCGCAACCGCCACGGAGCCACCGCCUACGACUUGGCCCGGCUCUACAAGAGGACCGCCGUGGCCCAGCUCCUGGAGGGAAGGGCAGCCCCCGGCGGGGAAUGAAGAGCCCAGGCACAGCCCCCGGACUCGGACACAGACCCUCUCCCGGACCCCCCUCCCUCCUUCCCGGUUGGCAAGCGCCUUCUUCCCCUCCUCUUCAGGCACCCCUUUCUUUCUUUCUCUCUCUCUCUCUCUCCCAAAUGCAGACGUCGGGGUGGUUGGGGUCCCUCCUUUGGGGCUGCGUCCGCACAGCAGGGAACGAUCCGGUUUGAGGCCGCUUCCACUGCCCUGAGGUUUCCUGCUAGGACUUCUAGGCCUGGUCCGUUUGUUGUGGAAUUGCAGGACGGGGCUCCAAACCGAGUGGGACUAAAAUGCGCAAAAGGCUGGCAAUUGACGCCAACGCCAGUCCUUCUGUAGAGAGACCUUGCAGCACCUUCGAGACUCGCUGAAAGGAAGAAGUUGGCAGCGUCAGCUUUCCUGGGCUUGGGUCCACUUCCUCAGAUGCAGCCGGAUGGAGGGGCAUCAUAUGCCGGUUGCUUCCCUUUCCCCUGUGCAAGAGUGAACUUGGCUUCUUUUAAUAAUGCUGCAUUUAAGCUCAUGCUGCCAACGUCUUUCUUUCAGU